GCAGAGCAGAGAAGAGCGAGCAGGGGAGAGCGAGACAAGUUUGAAGGGGAGGGCAGGCAGAGUUAGCAGCCCCCGAGGCUCUCCUCUCCCACCGCCCAUCCCUUUCCUCUCUUCUUCCCCAGCCUCUCUCUCUCUCUCUCUCUCUGCCCCAUAACUUUUCUCUCGAAAAGCCCUUAUUUAGCCAAAGGAAGGAGGUAAGGGGAACCCUCUCCCCUCCCCCCUCCCAAAACCCCCCAACUUUUCCAGUCCGGAGAAAGGAGGGGAGCGAGCGGGCACCCGGCUGGCCAUGGAGCUGCUGUGCUGCGAGGUUGACCCGGUCCGCAGGGCCGUGCCAGACGCCAACCUGCUAUACGACGACCGCGUUUUGCAGAACUUGCUCACCAUCGAGGAGCGCUACCUUCCCCAGUGCUCCUACUUCAAAUGCGUGCAGAAGGACAUCCAGCCCUAUAUGCGCAGGAUGGUGGCCACCUGGAUGCUGGAGGUCUGCGAGGAACAGAAGUGUGAAGAGGAGGUCUUCCCUUUGGCCAUGAAUUACCUGGACCGCUUCUUGGCUGGGGUCCCAACUCCUAAGACCCAUCUGCAGCUCCUGGGGGCUGUGUGCAUGUUCCUGGCCUCCAAGCUCAAAGAGACUAUCCCUCUGACGGCAGAGAAGUUGUGCAUUUAUACUGACAACUCCAUCAAGCCUCAGGAGCUGCUGGAGUGGGAGCUGGUGGUGCUGGGCAAAUUGAAGUGGAACCUGGCCGCCGUCACCCCUCACGACUUCAUCGAGCACAUCCUUCGUAAGCUGCCCCAGCCGAGCGAGAAGUUGUCUCUGAUCCGCAAGCAUGCGCAGACCUUCAUUGCUCUGUGUGCCACUGACUUUAAGUUCGCCAUGUACCCGCCAUCGAUGAUCGCAACUGGAAGUGUGGGAGCUGCCAUCUGCGGGCUCCAGCAGGAUGAGGACGUGAGCUCGCUCACUGGCGAUGCCCUGGUGGAUCUGCUGGCCAAGAUCACCAACACGGAUGUGGACUGCCUCAAAGCCUGCCAGGAGCAGAUUGAGGUGGUGCUGCUCAACAGCCUGCAGCAGUUCCGUCAGGACCAGGGGGACGGGUCCAAGUCGGAGGAUGAGCUGGACCAGGCCAGCACCCCUACGGACGUGCGGGAUAUUGACCUGUGAGGACGCGGUCGGGCCGAAUGGGAGAGACGCAUUCACAUCUGCUCUCUCCUUCUCUCUGGUUGUGUUUUGUUCUUUAUGUUUUAGGAUAAAACUUUAAAAACAAAAAAAAAAAAAUUCUGCCCCCACCUAGAUCGCAUUGAAAGAUCUUUUUAGAAGUGAGAGAAAAAGGUCCUAUAAAAACGGAAUAACUAAGAGCAUUUGGUGCCUAUUUGAAGUACAACAGAAGGGAAUCCCUUUGUAUAUGCGAACAGUUAUUGUUUGAUUAUGUUAAAGGUAAUAGUAAAAUGCUUACAGGAAAACCUGCAGAGUAGCUAGAGAAAAUGUACGCCUGCAAAUAUGGGAACAAAUUAGACGAGGUUUUUUUUUUUUUUCAUGUUAUGAACUAGCAUGUACACACCCCUUGUAGGAUAAUUUCAAGGAACUUGCGUAUGCCAUUUAUGGCAUGAUUAGAUUGCAAAGCAAUGAACUCAAAGAAUUAGAAAUAAGGGACACGAUGGGGAGGGAGUACAAAACAAUCUCUCAACCUGAUUGAACCAUUUUGGAUGUAGAAGCCCCUUUGCUCUUGACCACCUGUUUGUUACUAAGUCUGGAGCAUAGCUGACUCUAGUUACGAACUCUUGCUGUCUACAGUAGCUGCUACCUAAAAGAGAUGUUUUAUUUUGCCGGUUGGACACAGGUGAUUGGAUGCUGGGUUUCAUGUGUUUUUGACAUCUUGCUUCUUCUUCCAAACAUGGUUCAUUGCAGACACCACCAUAUUUUUAUCAAAAGGGGCAAUCUAACUUUGGGCCAGAACCAAAACUCCUAUGAGUUGGAGGCAGAUGGAGACCAAGGGUGGGAUCUGGAAUGGAAUCUUUUCUCUUAAUGUAUUCAAGAGGGCAAUGUGACCUUGGCAUCCUUUAUUAAAAAACUGAUUUUUUUGGU